UACAGGGGGAUUCCAGGAACCAUGUGGCUACGGGUGGCUCUUCUCUGCUUCUUGGCCUCUAUGGCCAGCUCCCGCAAUGUACCUUCUUUUGCUCCCCUGUCUAAGGAGAUGGUCAACUACAUCAACAAGCUGAACACCACGUGGCAGGCAGGACACAACUUUGCACACACGGAUAUGCCACAUGUGAAGAGAAUGUGCGGGACUUUCCUUGCAAAGAGCAGAAAGCUGCCAGUCAGGUACAGCUUUUCUGACAGGAUGACCCUACCAGACCAGUUUGACUCCCGGACAGCCUGGCCAAACUGUCCCACCAUUGGGGAGAUCAGAGACCAGGGCUCAUGUGGCUCCUGUUGGGCUUUUGGGGCUGUGGAAGCCAUCUCUGACCGUGUCUGUGUGCACUCCAAUGGAAAGGUGAAUGUGGAGGUGUCUGCUGAGGAUCUGCUGUCCUGUUGCGGGAUGGAGUGUGGAAUGGGUUGCAAUGGAGGAUAUCCAUCUGGGGCCUGGAAAUAUUGGACUGAGAAGGGUCUUGUGUCCGGAGGAUUGUAUGACUCCCAUGUUGGUUGCAGGCCAUACACCAUCCCUCCCUGUGAGCACCAUGUCAAUGGCUCCCGCCCAUCCUGUAAAGGAGAGGAAGGAGACACGCCAAAAUGCAUAAAGAAGUGUGACGAUGGAUAUGGACCAGACUACAGUCAUGAUAAGCACUUUGGCUCCGACUCCUACACCGUCUCCAGCAACCAGGAUGAGAUCAUGGCUGAGUUGUAUAAGAAUGGCCCGGUAGAGGGUGCCUUCACGGUGUAUGAAGACUUCCCGAACUACAAAUCUGGUGUAUACCAGCACGUCACUGGAGAAGAAAUUGGUGGUCACGCUAUUAAAAUCCUUGGCUGGGGAGUGGAAAAUGGAACUCCAUACUGGCUGUGUGCCAACUCCUGGAAUACAGACUGGGGUGAUAAAGGCUACUUCAAGAUUCUGCGUGGAAAGGAUCAUUGUGGAAUAGAGUCCGAAAUAGUCGCUGGAGUUCCCAAAGAUUAAUCUCCCAUCCAGUUCCUCUUCAAGCCUCCAGUUGCCUUUUUACUCCAAAACUUUUAGCAGAAACAACUUUUAUUUUAAUUGCAUCAUUGUUAAUGGACUGUUUUAUCUGAA